GUUGGAAGCGAGCUGUCGGUCGCUGAGGAAACGCUCGUUGCGGCCCUGAAACAAGACAAGAACGGACGAACGUAAUUCAACGGCCAAGGCAGUGCAAAAGGCCCAGCCAUGUCUCGAUGGUUCACAACGUGCACUCUAUUGGUGGUUGGUGGCGGCAUCGGCGCCUUAUUAGGCUACGGAAUGUAUGCUUUUUUUGAGUUCAGGCAGCAGCAAGCGAGAAAACCACACAUCAUUUUCAUACUCGCCGAUGACCUGGGUUGGGCGGACGUCAGCUUCCACGGAUCUCCCCAGAUCCCGACACCCAAUCUAGACGCGCUGGCGGCUGACGGAGUUGUGCUCAACAACUACUACGUGCACCCCGCCUGCACUGCCUCCCGCGGUGCAUUCAUGACCGGUCUCUACUCGAUACGAUACGGUCUGCAGAACACACCUAUUCAGCCUGGCCAACCAUACGGGCUCGACCUCAAGUACACUCUCCUUCCUCAGCAUUUGAAGAGGCUCGGCUACGAGACUCACCUCAUCGGAAAGUGGCACCUGGGCAGUUACCGCUACGAGUACACGCCUACCCGGAGAGGAUUCGACUCUUUCUACGGAUUUUACUACGGGCACGAAGACUACUACACCCACAUGCUACAUCACACACAGGACGGAAAACAAGUCUCGGGUCUCGACCUAUGGAACGGCACGGAUCCCGCACAUGACGCCAUGGGCGUCUACGGCACCGAACUGUUCACCAAUAAAGCAGUGCGCCUCAUCGAGAAUUUGGACAAGUCAAAGCCUCAGUUUCUGUAUCUGAGCCACCAGGCGCCCCAUUCUGGAAACUAUGAUGAGCCACUUCAGGCGCAGAAAAAUAACAUGGACAAGUUUCCUUACAUCGGGGAGAAUAAUCGGACUAUCUACGCCGGGAUGGUUGACUCGCUCGACGAGUCUGUCGGGAGCGUGGUGCGAGCGCUGGGCGAAGCCGGCAUGCUGCAGGACAGCGUGAUCGUCUUCAGCGCUGACAACGGCGGCGUUCCCUGGGGUUACAUGGCCUCGCGUGGCAUCAACUGGCCGCUACGCGGCGCCAAGUCUUCUCCUUGGGAAGGCGCAUCCAGGGCGGCCGCUUUUGUGUGGUCGCCGCUGCUGGACAAAAGUCGCCGCGUCUCCGACCAACUCAUGCACAUUACCGACUGGCUGCCCACAUUCUACGCUCUUGCCGGUGGCUCUACGAGCGACUUAGAACCACUGGAUGGCCACGACAUGUGGGCAACGUUGUCUCGAGACGAGCCUUCUCAGCGUUUCAACAUCGUCUACAAUAUCGACCCUUUGUGGGACUACGCAGCCAUACGAAGCAACAACUUCAAGAUUGUCGUAGGUUCCCACGCUGGCGGUAGAUUCGACCAACGAUUCCCUAUUCCAGGAGGACAGAGGCCAUCACAGACUGACCUAGAUGGGCUUAUGGAAGAAGUAUCACCGCGCAGGCUGGAGGGCCAACACCUCGUUGAGUUGCCCCGAAGAACAGUGCGGAGACCAGUCACAUUUCCAGUCAGCUGACUAACGUGUUCCUCUUCGACUUGGACAAGGACCCCUGCGAAUGCAACAACCUGGCCUCCACACACAAACAGGUACUAGAUUCAAUGAACAGUGUCCUAGAAGAAUACAGAGCGCAGACUGUUCCUCCUAUAAAGCCUGCAGUGGACCCAGCAUCGUUUCCCGAAAAUCACGACGGAACAUGGGCUCCCUGGGUCGACUGAAUGGCACCGACGCAUGUGCACCGUCGCAUGUUGGGUAGCGAUGCCUUCAAUGUUGGGUAGCGAUGCCUUCAACCGGAUCACAAGCACAGGGUAGAGAAGGGCAGCACGUUUGUAUUUCUUUGCUAGUAGAAGAUAUGUGUCCGAGAGGGAAAAGCAAAUGACAACUUGGGGGCUCACCACACUGAAGUACAACGAGCUUAAGCCAAUGGCAAAAUAAACAAGUAGGGGAAAUUUCCCAAGCACGGUAACACAAAAAGCCAAUUUUCAGAAUAGAUAUUUAGGGGCUAACAAAGCAAGACAACAAUAUGUAAACCUUAAACAUUUGGCCAAUUAAAUGUAAAACACCAAGUUAUAAAUAAUUACCAUUUAUGUGCCCCAGAUAGUUAUCAAAGUUUAUAAGUAUUAAAGAGAUACUGGCACAAAAUUUUGCGUGCGAGAUAGCUGAAGAUCGAUUUUUGCAAACAUAUGUACACCAUCUGCAAAAUAUAAACAGAAAAUAUGGCGUGGAA